UUAGUUUACUUUUAAGUUCCGUGCUGUGAGGUUCUAUUCUAUAAAAUUAAUUUGGGUUUCUUGGCAGUUUGGAAAUGGAUCAUACUAGGUUGAAGAUAGAUCCGGUGGAUGGAAUUGUUCAGCCACCGGUAAGGUUAACCGGAAAGCGCCGGGGUUGCAGGACAAAUGUUCUGAGGUCGCUCAAGUUUGUGUUGAAUGCCCUUUGGAAUAGACGUUGGGCUUUCCAUUUCUAUAAGCCCGUGGACACGAAGCAAGUCGGUAUGGCCAACUAUUAUAAUGUGAUCAAGGAGCCAAUGGACUUGGGCACCAUCAAGAAGCGAUUCAAUAAUAAUUACUACCGCAAGGGUUACCAGGCCAUCCGUGACUUUAAGCUGGUUUUCGCCAAUUGCUUCACCUUUCACGAGAAGGGCACUGUCGUUCGCAAUGCGUGUAAGAAGUUGAAGACCUUCUUCUACUAUCUCCUGUCCACGAUCGAUUUAAACAAUGAGGAGAAUCUGGCCAUGAAGCCAAAGGGAGGAGUUCCUCCUAAGAAAUCUCCUCGUGAAGAAACCAAACUUCCUCAGAAGACUAAAACUGUGCCGGUUAUUCCGAAAAGCAAAUAAGAAAUAAUCAUUGUAGUUUUAUACUUUUAACAGACCUUCAACACAAUUGUAGAGAACAUACACAAAACAAGAGGCAACCCUAUACGUAUGAGUGAUUUAUUUUAA